AUGUCUGCGACCGAGGACCUUUUGAAACGGACGGUGGAAGUCGCUGAAAUAAGGGAAGUUACCACUGAUGGAGCAGUGAUUGAAAAACGAGUUGAGACGGUUGUUGAGGUCCACGAUAUGAAUGAUUCCAGGACGAAAGAGGAAAUGAAUUCAGAAGAUAUUCAGGAGAUUCGUUCAGGAGAAAAUCAUAACAUCCGUUUAGAAGACGUUCGAGACAGCCCCCAUUGUAUCACGACAGUCAUAGAGGUUCACACCGUCACCUGUGAAGCAGCAGGCGAAGCUAACAACAACCAGAUCCAGGGAACUAUGGUCGAUUCCAGAAACGAAGGCUAUCGAAGUUGUAAAAAUGAGUCAGGUGAUCUAUUAGAAUGUAGUGAGGCUCCAGAAGUACAUAGUGAUCGGAGUAGGACCGCAGAAGUGAAGGAAAACCGAGCCGACUCUAGCUCUUGCGGCAAUACACAGACGGAAGAAGUGGUUCUGGAGGUACACAAAGUACUGGAGGUGGCAAUACCUGAAGAAUCGGAGAAUAGAAUCUGUAAUCUUUCCAAUGAGAGUAAUUCAGAGGUUCCAAAUGGAUCGGAAAACUUCGCCAAAGUCCUUACUGUUUCUGGGACCGAAUCUGUGGUAAAGGAGAAGACAGAUGUUAGUGCAGAACCUAACUCUGCAACUCAUGAGGACAUUACCGAAAUAGCAGACGAUGACAAGAAUGACAGCGUCGUAAUCAACUCAAUAUCAAUCAAUGCGGCUCCGGAACCUCUUGAUAAAGAUAAAAUAGAAGGGUCCUCAACACCUCUUCAAGAUGCUCAGGAAGAAGCCAAGAAAGCGGAAAGCCCUUCAGAACCAGCCACAGAACAGCUACAAUCCGAUUCUGCCGCGGUGAAAUAUCUACAGAAUUGCCAAGUUUCUGUCGUUGUCAGUGCCGCGUCCGAGCAUUCCACAGACAGUCACGCAUCCAUCUCUGAAAAAGAAAGCACUCCAGAAUCUACUGCUCAUUCGUCCACAAAAAACUCAGAUGUUGGAGAAAUACCACCUGCAGCUGUGAGUCAGCAUCAAGUCGAUGACAUCAAAGUGCAAGAGAGCUGCCACAUUGUGCAGAGCACUGUGACAGCGCCACCUCCGAAGCCACCCCAUCCUUCGUCAAAUGAUGGCCUAUCGCUGGGAUCGGUUACUAUCAGAACGACCACCGCUUCUGCUCCGCCGACACCGCCGGUUAGGAGAAAGUCGACGAUGCCCAGUGAGACCCCGCAACCGUCUCCAACAUUCCGACGACCACCGUCAGUAGCGUCGUCUAGAAUGAAUACUAUGAACUACACUCUUCAGCGAGGACGACUCUCGUUCCCGACCCUGCCGAGGAAUGCGAGGCCACCCACCAGAGAAGACUUCGGGCAGAAGAGAAAGCCGAGAAGCAUGUUUAGCUGGUUGGGCGGUGAUUCUUCGAAAAAGAAGAACAAAGAUGUGUUGGACUCUGUCAGUGAGGGUCUCCGAAAAAUUUACAAGCAAAAGUUAUACCCACUUGAGGAGCAUUACAAAUUCCACGAAUUCCAUUCACCCGCCUUAGACGAUCCUGACUUCGAUGCCAAGCCAAUGAUCCUCCUUGUUGGGCAGUACUCAACUGGUAAAACGACAUUUAUUAGAUACCUACUGGAACAGGACUUUCCUGGGAUUCGAAUUGGUCCAGAGCCUACCACUGAUCGAUUCAUUGCCGUUAUGCACGGUGAAGAAGAGGGAGUGGUGCCAGGAAAUGCGCUUGUGGUUGAUGCGAAGAAACAGUUCAGAGCGCUAAGCGGAUUCGGCAAUGCGUUUUUGAAUCGUUUCCAAUGUUCGACGUUGAAUAACCAAGUACUAGAGAGCGUAACCAUCGUCGACACUCCCGGCAUUCUUUCCGGGGAGAAACAAAGUCCUGCACCACCGAAGUCACCAUACGCUCGGCGAUAUAUUCGCGGAAUCGAUCGAGGAUAUGACUUCACUGGGGUACUAGAAUGGUUCGCAGAGCGUGUAGAUCGCAUUAUCCUUCUCUUCGAUGCGCAUAAGUUGGACAUCUCCGACGAAUUCAAACGAUGUAUUGAAGCACUCAGCGGAAAUGAGGAUAAGAUUCGAAUUGUCCUCAACAAAUCUGAUAUGGUUGAUCAUCAGCAGUUAAUGCGUGUAUAUGGUGCCUUGAUGUGGUCUCUGGGAAAAGUUUUCAAGACCCCCGAAGUUUCUCGAGUUUACAUCGGAACAUUCUGGGAUCAUCCUCUUCACUAUGAUAUUAACAGGCGUUUGUUCCAAGAUGAACAACAUGAUUUAUUCCAAGAUUUGCAAGCGCUGCCACGAAAUGCUGCACUUCGCAAGCUGAAUGACUUGAUUAAGCGAGCGCGACUUGCGAAGGUUCAUGCUUUCAUCAUCUCCGAACUACGCAAACAAAUGCCAAGCAUGAUCGGCAAGGAAAAAAAGAAGAAGGAACUCAUCCAGAAUCUGGACAAGAUUUUCGAACAGCUACAACGAGAGCAUAACAUCUCACCUGGAGAUUUCCCAGAUGUAAACAAGAUGCGAGAUAAACUGCAGAAUCACGACUUCACAAGGUUUAAUCCGCUAAAACCGAAACUUCUUGAAAUCGUUGACGGAAUGCUGGCUAGCGAUAUUGCUCGACUAAUGGCGCAAAUUCCAAAGGAAGAGGCUCAGUUGUCUACUGCUGCGACGACAAAUGGACAUGUUUCCGAGCAACCGACUGUCAAAGGAGGUGCCUUCACUCAAGCUCAAGAGGCCGAAACUCCAUUCGGAUUCGGAAGGGGUGAAGGCUUCGAUAAAGGUGCUGAUGAACCCGAAUGGGUGGUGAGCCGUGAACGAAGUCAAGCAGAUGCUACAUUCGCUAGUCUUGGUCCCGUUGACGGUUACAUCAGCGGUCGUGCUGCUAAAGAGCACAUGGUCAAAUCGAAGCUUCCCAACGCUGUGCUUGGUAAAAUCUGGAAAUUGGCCGACGUUGACAGAGAUGGCCAGUUGGAUGCGGACGAGUUCGCUCUCGCUAAUUACUUAAUUAACUUGAAGCUUGAGGGUCACGAACUCCCCACAGAGCUGCCGAAGCACCUUAUUCCGCCAUCAAAACGCGACAUGGAGCCCGUAUAUCCAAAACUAGACGAUGAAUAA